AUUAUGUGACAAGGUAAUUCGCCCGGUUUACUGCAGACUGCGCCAUUAUAAUUUUAUAAAGGGCUAUUUGCCAUCAGUGCUUUCCUAUAUGCUUCAGAUUGCCAGCAUUUCCCAACGCGCUGCACUCAAGAGACGCUAGCUAGAUUUAAUUAAAAUCCAAUAGUUCAUGUCUGCGAGCUAGCUUCUUAAGUGGUGCACUUGACCUAAGUGAUGUUUCUCUGUAAAGAUUCGAUGGCCUUGGCUCUUGCUUAGCUAUCUUGAAAUAUAUUCAUCUGUUCUGAAUCCAUUUUGUUGUAUUAUUGUUGUAACUGAAGCAAUGGAGCUCUCCAAUGGGCUUUUCUCCUCCGAGAGCCUCAAUGGACUUCUCCAGCAGAAAUGGAGAAAUGGACAGGGUGAUGCCUCUUCUACAUAUUUAUCUAAUAAACGUAAGCGAGAUGAUGUGGGACAGGAAAAUAACGGUGUACAUAAUGGAAAUACAGAACUCAGAAACUCCCUUUUUCCAGAACCCUCUAGAAAGAACAGACCUUUUAUCCAUAUCAGCGGACAGAAAGGAGUGUUCUUCUCUGAACGCUGGGAACCUAACGGCAGCACAUUGUACCUUCCCGUCAACGGUAGUCUUCUGACAAACAUUGACAAGUAUGACCAGAUAAGCUUUGAGCAAGGUCUGUUCUUCAUUGGAGAUUUAUCUGGUGCAUUUCAACAGAAGGCUCAAGGUCAAGCUAUCCACUGCUGGAGAUACAGUGAACAGGAGAGGAAACUAUUCAUCGCACUCUCCUACUUCUUCACCGAUCAGCAAGCCUUCCAGGAUGUAGUCACUUCUCUGGGUUGCCUAUGAUAGGAUGAGGAGGAACAUCUGGACCCUCUGUUUGGAGCAGAAUCAGACAAAAUGUCACUAGUAACCUUUCCAACCACUUUUUCAUAGAUGUAAUACCAAAGUGCAGAAGCACAGACAUUGUUGAAGGCAUGUAAAUACUGUGAAGUUGUUCAU